AUACAAGGAAUAGCUAUUAAUAUUAGUUGUCAAGCCAACGGAUAUCCUAUUCCAUCGAUUAAAUGGUUCAAAGAUGGAAAUCUGAUUAAUGCUAUACACCAAUCAUCGAUAUCAGGUGGCUCCAAUCUAUAUUUAACUAAUUUAACGCCUCAAGAUGCCGGAAAUUAUACAUGCUACAGCGAAAAUAUUGCUGGAAAUACGAGUAGUCUUGUUGGUAUUUUGAUUAUCUACACAAAACCUGUAAUUACGAGAUCACCGAAAAGCCUGAUGAUAACGGAAGGUUCCUCAAUUAAUCUGACCUGUCAAGCUACGUCUAACCCUGCACCAGCCUUCGUGUGGCAAAAAAAUAAGCAAAUUUUAGACUCAAAAAUGUUCUCUUCAUCUAUUAAUACGUCGAUUUUAAUGUUGAGCAGCGUAACUAAAGAAAUUACCGGCAAUUACUCCUGUAUUGCAACAAAUUUUGUGGGCAAUACAACUAGUAAUGAUGCAGUCGUGAUCAUACAUUAUAAGACGGCAAUCAACAAUAACCCUACCGAUAUAGCGGCUAUUGAGGGACAAAAUAUUACAUUAUAUUGUAGUGGAAUAAGCGAUCCUAUAUCUAAUGUUACAUGGUUUAAAAACAAUAAUUUUGUUGGAAAUAAUCACAACUAUACCAUAGUAAGCAGUGUCGAUAACCUGAUAGCUAGCAGUCUAUUAAUUAUUUAUGGUGUCCAGCUAGCAGACAAUGGUGCAUAUCAGUGCAAAUUUACAAAUCCGAUAGGAUCAUCACUAAGUAGAAAUGCAACGCUUAAAAUUUAUGGUUCACCAGUUAUUGUUAAUACUUCAAAAAGCAUCACUGCAAUGCGAGGAACCUCAACUGAAAUGCUGUGUCAAGCAACAGGCAAUCCUCAACCAAAAUUCAGUUGGCUUAAGGAUGGAGCUAAUAUUGCGGAAUCCCAGUUUUAUUCACAUAGCGUGGAUCAGUCGGUGCUUAGGCUAAUUAACUUAACAUUAAAUGAUGAAGGAAACUAUACAUGCGUGAGCAGUAAUCUCGCUGGAAACACUACAAAGACCAUUAAAAUAACAGUACUUGCUCCUCCAACUAUCGUCGAAACUCCGCAAAGUAUUGCCGUAAUUGAAGGAUCUACUAUAAUAAUACAAUGUAAUGGUUCUGGAAACCCUAACCCUUCCAUAAUUUGGUUAAAAAAUGGAAUAAUAAUUAGCAAUUACAGCAUUAGUAGCACAAUAUCGUACGGAUAUACGACCAGCAGUCUUGUCAUUCAGAACAGCCAAAAAUCUGAUGGAGGCCUAUACCAAUGCAGGCUUAGCAAUCUAUUGGGA